AUUGGGCCCUCCGAAUCAUCUAUCGGCCGCCGCUGCAUCGGUUCGUACGAAAAGCCCGUUGAGAUCUUCGAGGGUUUCAUUCAUCUCGACCUAUUCAUUCAUUCAUUCAUUCUCCCGACAUGUAUGUAUGCAGAUCUUCGCUGGCAAGAUGAACGUGCUGUGUUUGCUCUAUGCCUGGUUCGUGCCACAAUUCCCAAGUGGCAUUAACAGCAGAACGGGUCAGUCAGUCCGCACACACAGACAAGAUAUGUGCAGGUUCAUGUGUGAGAGCGUGUGUGGGGAGUGCAGGUGGCCGCACGCUACGCGGCCAGAACAGUGUGAUCGUCCCCAGACCAAACUUCCCUGCUGGUAGGGCAACUACACAUGCAUACAUACAGGCAUGUACUCCACGAGUGAUGCGCAUCCCAUCCUGCAGACAGCAGCACUUCUGGCUAUCUCGUCGCGCGUGUGUCCAUCGCCCAGGGACCGGUACACACACACACACACACACACACACCCCAACAUGUGUCUGUCUAUUCACUGUCUGUGUGUGGACGUCUCUCUGUGCACUUCAUCCAUGUGUAUCUGCAUUUCAGGUGUCGUCAUUUGUGUCGCUGUUCGCCGCUGCUGGCGACGAUGAGGGCGACGUCACCAAGUCAGAGCAGGACACCAGCAAGAAGCUGCUGACGCCACAACAGCAGCAACAGCCGAAGCAGCAUCAGGAGGCAAAGAAGGGGAAGCAAGCAGGCGCGGAAGAGGUAGGUCAGCCCACACACUUUCAGGGAGGGAGGGGGUCGGUGGUCGGCGUCUGCUGCAUGUCAGCUGUGCGUGUCCAUCCAUUAGGAUCUUGAGUAUGAUGAUGAGUUUUACUUUGACGACGAAGAUGAAGACGACGAGGAGGACGGUACGUACGUCAUGAAUCAACGAACGAACGAACGAACGAACGAUGCCCGUGGCGAUGGAUGGAUGGAUGCACUGUACUUGCAGAUGACGAGGUCACCGAGCUCACGCGCGAAGGUGCGUACCCUACAGACACGCACGCCCCAUGCACAAACACCCACAUUGUGUGUGUCUGUGUGUGUGUACAGAUGUGAUUCCGCUGAUCCUCGAGAACCAAGUGUACCUUCAGCCUAAGGCGGCAGAAGGCGAAAACGCCACUGAGGUACAUACACUACAGGCACAUAGACAGACGUGAAUGAAUGCAAUAAUACAGUGAAAGGGCGAGCAACGUCUUCCUCCAUUCCAUUUUGUAUAUCUACAGGUUGGGGAGUCGGCCGUUCAGUACACCAAGGAGCAGCUGGAAAACAUGGACGUGAGUGAGUACGGACGGCACGUCAUGUACUGUACUCCUUCGUUCAUUUGCCCUGUCUGUCUCUCUGCCUGUCUGUCUGACACUGACUGUUACGAAUGGAACGAAUCGAUGAACAGGAUGACGAAUUGGAGGAUGUGCUGUCAGUAGAGGAGAGAAGGGGAGGGGAGGGAGGGAUGCGUCGGCUCAUGUGUGUGUGUGUGUGUGUUUCCUUUGUUCAUUCAGCAACAACGUGAUUAAUGCGAUGGAGGACAUGGACAUCAUGGACACACUCACACGAGACGACAUGGUGAAUGAGCUCCUCGAGGACCCCUCUAUUCUGCCGCCCGAAUACAACAACACACAGAAACUCGUACGUCGUAUGCAUCUCAAUGCUCAAUCAAGCAGUGGGUGGGUGGGUGCAUUGCGUCCACACACACGUCCUCUCAAACGUGUCUGCAGGAGUGGCUCAAGAACGAGGCGACGGACGAGGAGGUCUACAAGGUGUUCAGAGAAGCCAUGCAAAACCUGGACGAGUACGUGUGCGACAGCACAGGCACUACACACUGACGGAAACACUUUUGAUGAAUAUCUGUUUGUCGAUCGACCGACCGGUCACACAGGGAGGAUGAGAGUCCGUCGCGGCGGUUUGUGGACCUGGGUGACAUGUUCGACGAUGAAGACGAAGACGACGUUCGUGACAUCCGCGCGCGCACACACAGACACAGACACACGCACACACACGGGUCGCUGGAUGUGUGUAUGGUUGGGUGCGGUGCAGGAAGAAGACGACGAGGACUUUGACGAAGACGAAGAUGAUUUAGGUCUGUAAGCAUCCACGCACACAUGAUCUGCUCUCCCGACUGACUGAUGCACAUGGUUGUCGUGUGCGUGCGUGUGUGACAUUGCACUGCCUGCAGACAUCGACGAGGAACUGGAUGACAACUCGCCCUUAGGUACGUUCCGUUCUCACUCGCCCCACCAGACCAGCACACACCUCACCUCACCCCACACACAAACACAUUCAUGUCUGUGUAGUGUAUGUGCACAUCCAUUCGUGUGUGUGUGUGUACACGACAGCCCGCUACUGUCUGUCGCGAAACGAAGCCAUCAAGUUCGUCGAUGAAGGACGGGUAGGCAGCCAACACACACACGCACACACACACACACAAACAAACACACAUGUCAGCCAACACGUCACACACGUGGGUGCGCCCGUGCAGGAUCUCCUCUCGUCGCCGGUUCCCACACCCACACUCAGGAGAAUGCCCGACGACCGGUCAGUGAACUCGUCGGCCACACAACACACAGAUACACAGAUAGACGACCAGACCCCUACCUGUGUGCUUGCUAUGCGAGUGCAGGUUGGCGGACAUGGUGGGGGAAAUCCUGGACAAAGCCGCCACGUGAGCCAUCACACCCCCUGGCUCCCUCAAUUCCUCCCUCCCACCCUCUCUAUUUAUGUGCAUAUGUUUUGAUUCAUUCAGUAAGGACGAGUCGGGCGCCGCCCCCAACGCAGAGCGCUUCAAGGACAGCCCCAGCAGCGGCAAGAAGCGAUGGUCACCCGACAAGAAGAAGACGGCAUAGCCAGGCAGCCAGCCAGCCAGCCAGCAAAACGCAUGACAAAUGACCUCGAGGGAGACAGACAGUGCUUAGUGUCCAGAGAUUGCAGCAGGGAAGGGGGAGGGCUCUAGUAGGGUUGGCUUUCAUCCGUGCAUGUGGGCGUGUGUGUGAGUGUGUUUGUGUGUGUAGAGUGGGUGAGUGCUGUAGAAGGCAGAAAUGGUUGAUGGAUGGUUGGUGUUCGAACGAACGUGAUGUGUGUAUUUGUCUGCUUAGUCGCGUCGGAAGGUCGAGUCGUUUUAAGCUAAGCUAUGCUGCUGCUGUAGGAAGGGGCAAAAGAGGUGAGGGGAGGGAGGGAUUUCCAUCGUUCGUCUGUCCAAUGGAGACCCACUGGCACUCGCUCUCCCGACACACAAGACGCACGCACUGGUCGGAUGAAUGAACAAGUAAUGGUCG